GCUGCGAGUGAAUGCGUUUCUGAAAUGCUGAACCUUGCAUCUUCCCCACCUAUCAGUCUGGAGCCUGAAUCCUGGCUCGCUCCAUAAUGCCUCGUCGUCUAACACAGAGUCACUCUGUGACCUAACUGUUAGGUUGUUCAGGUCUCCGUUAGUCGAACCACCUAAGGGUACUAGCGUCGGAAAUUCAAAGAGUGGACGUGGCGCUCGAGCGAUGGCCUUUCUCGGGGCAAUUUCUGCGCUCAUGUUGAACUUAGACUUCACAGAGCCGGAAAGCAGCCCGAAUUGUUGGGAGUCACGCAAAUUCGCAUGCCUCGAGAUGUUGAGCAAAUUCCACCCCACUCUGAUUUUCACACAAGAAGGAUCCAAGGAGCAGAUCCAGAUUCUUCAGAGCGAGUUGAAAGCAUACGAAUGGUUUGGAUCUAAAUGCCAAGAGGCUCCUGGCGAAGAAUAUUCUGCCAUCCUUUAUAACCGAGACCAGGUUGAGGUGAUGGAGAGUGGGAAUUUCUGGCUCUCAGAGUCGCCUGAUGUGUGUGGAAGCACAUCCUGGGGUGCAUCCACACCUACAGUUGCCACUUGGGUCAAAUUCCGAGUGAGAGGGCUACAGCCACCCGGAUUUGCGUUUCAGGCUUAUAAUGUCAGGAUGAAGACAGGAAGCUCCUUAGCAAGAGCUAAAGGAGCGUCACUCCUGUGGCAACACAUCAGCUCUGUUCCGCCAUCUAUUCCUGUGCUCAUGUGUGCGAAUUUCAAUAGGAACAAGGGAUCUUCAAUUGCAAGGUUCUUCCUUGGAAGCUGGAAGCUGAAUGGCAUUGAAGGGGAUUUCAAAGAUGUGUUGUCAAUCGCGCGCAAGAAAAUCAACAGAGGCCAGAUAUACACCCACCAUCUUUUUCAAGGUCAUGAUAUGUCCUGCCUUCAAAUUGUCAGAAGUGCUCUGGAAAUAUGUACAGCGGAGAGUGAUCCUGGCAUCAUAGGUUCGCUCCAUACUGACUGGAUGUUCCGCUAUGGCCGUGCACUCAACCCCAUCUAUUGUGAGGUGGUGAUCAACACGUGGGGAGGAAAGCUACCGUCCAGCCACUACCCACUCUAUGCCGAAUUUUCCCUGCCUAGGAGUGUCCAAGUUGCCCCGUAGUGUGCAAUGUGGGAUCUUGGGCUUCAAUUCUGUGCAAGCUGGUUGAUAGUGCACUACUGGCAGAGCUGUAGAUUGCACGGCUGAGAGUGGUUCUGGAAUCGUAAAACCACUUCACACCGACUGCAUGUAAACAGAAUGUGCUGCUGACUGCAUAUCGUGCUGCCGUGCACUCAACCAGAUCCAUAGUGAGUGGGUGAUGGACACAUGGGGUGGGGAGGAAAAGUACCAUUCUUGCAGAGCUGUGUCCAAUUUGCUCA